AUGAACGCGGCCGGCUUCCCCUGCCUGCGAGGCAUGUGCACGCUGCCGGCGCCCAGCCCCGCGGCCAGCCCCGGCUCCCCCGGGCCGCCGCGGGGCUCUCCGCAGGCGCCGCCGGUGAAGCCGGAGCCGCGGGGCGCCGGGAGCAGCCCGGCCCCGCCGCCGCCGCCCGAGGAGCCGCCGCCCGCCGCCGGGGGCCGCCGGAGGAAGCGGCCGGUGCAGCGGGGCAAGCCCCCGUACUCCUACAUCGCCCUCAUAGCCAUGGCCAUCGCCAACGCCGCCGAGAGGAAGCUCACCUUGGGGGGCAUCUACAAGUUCAUCACCGAGCGCUUCCCCUUCUACCGGGAGAACCCAAAGAAGUGGCAGAACAGCAUCCGCCACAACCUGACCCUCAACGACUGCUUCGUCAAGAUCCCCCGGGAGCCCGGGCAUCCCGGCAAGGGCAACUACUGGACGCUGGAUCCGGCCGCAGAGGACAUGUUCGACAACGGGAGCUUCCUGCGCCGGAGGAAGCGCUUCAAGCGCACCGACAUCACCACCUACCCCGGCUACAUGCAGAACUCCAGCGCCUUCACGCCCCCGCCCGCCGGCCGCCCCGCGGCACCCGCAGCGCCCUACCCCAAUGCCCUGUGCUCGCCCGGCUACGGCCCGCAGCUCUCCAGCACCGUCUUCCACCCGUACGCAGCCGGGGCGGCACCGCCGGCGCAGCACCCCAGGAUGUUCAGCAUCGACAGCCUCAUCAGCGGGCAGCAGGCCCUGCAGCCCUCACCGCCCUCCGAGCUGGGCCACCCAUCGCUGGGCUUGCCCGGAGCCGAGCUGGCUCCUGCCUGCUCUGCGGGCAGCUCCGAGCCCCCCUGCUUCCAGGCACAGCCCGUCAGCCCCGGCCUGCUGGGCCGCGCCGGCCCCAACUCCCUGGCGUACCCCUACGCCGCCUCGCCCCCGCACCUGCCCGUGGCCCAGGGCAGCUACUCGCCCAGCAGCCCGCAGCUCUACGGGGCUCCCAACAGACUGGCCCUGCCGGCCAUGCGGGCCCCGGCCUGUGCCGAGCACGGCGAGCAGCUCCUGGGGCUCUCCGCCUCGCCCCUCGGCCAGUUCGGCUCCGGGAACACCUACAUGAGGCAGCCCAACUUCCCCGCCGGCCUGGAGCGGUACAUGUGA